UGCUCCCUGACACUCAGUGUGUGACGCCGUCUCUCUGUGUUUGUUUCCCUCUCUGGUUCCUGACUGUGCGGGUUGUUGACACUAUGGCUCGGGUAGUGUUAACACGGUUCACCAGCAGGACUUUACUGUCAGGGUAUGGUGCAAAACUGAUCAGGACCAGGGGGACAGACCGCUGCUACAGGACGGCUUUAAGAAGGACUGCCACCGCUCUGACUACUGGUGGAGCUGCAUUCCUCCUUGGGCUCCCCACACUGUCCUGCCUGGGGUAUGAAGCUUAUCACAGAGUGCAGAGCUCAGCUGUGGUCCACGCUUUAGAAAAAGAGGAGGUUUUGGAGCAGGCUGACUACCUGUACAGCUGUGCAGAGACCGAGAAGCUGUACCAGCUGCUGCUGCAGUACAAGGACAGUGAUGAAGCAGAGUUUCUGUGGAGGCUGGCCCGGGCGUCUCGUGACCUGUCGCUCCUGCCCGACAUGAAGGCCGAAAAGAAGAAGCAGCUGGUAUUCGAGGCAUUCGAAUAUGUAAAGAGGGCACUGGAGAAGGAUGACAAGUGUUUCGCAGCACAUAAAUGGUAUGCAGUAUGUCUCAGUGAUGUUGGGGAUUAUGAGGGAGUGAAGGUGAAAAUUGGAAAUUCAACCAUUAUCAGGGACCAUCUAGAGACAGCCAUCAAGCUCAAUCCCAAAGAUGCCACUUCCCUCCAUAUUUUGGGUUACUGGUGCUUUGCUUUUGCUGAGCUGCCAUGGUAUCAACGCAAAGUGGCGGCUUUAAUUUUUGCUUCACCACCUACGUCCACAUAUGAUGAGGCUUUGGAAUUCUUCCUGAAAGCUGAAGAAGUCGAUCCAAACUUCUACAGUAAAAACCUGCUCAUGCUCGGGAAGACCUACAUGGCCAUGAAAGACCAACAGAAAGCUUUGCUCUGGCUGACCAAAGCAAAAGAGUACCCUGCUCGCACACUGGAGGACAAAGAGGUCCAUAAAGAAGCUGUCGACCUCUUGAAGGGGUUAGAAUGAAGCUGUGAUUACCUCAGACUGGAAAAGGAUGCCUUCAGGACUUCCUUCUGCUAAUAAGAUGUUAAUGUUUUAUUUUUCUGAUUUUGUAACUGUAACUAGUAAAACUGAGUGGCCUUGCACACAUAAAUGCAUUUAAGAGCUAAUAAAGUAACGUCCAAUGAUCCAUAACAA